AUGACCCUGCUGCGUUCCAUCUGCGCCGCGGCCGCCUUGCUGGCCAUUGGCGCCCGUGCUGAAGGUGUUACUGGAAGUGCCUUUGGUUUCGCCAGUGGUACCACUGGUGGUGGUAGUGCUGCUGCUGCUGCGCCUAGCGACAUCAGCCAGUUGAAGACCUGGCUGAGCGACGACACUCCCCGUGUCAUCCUUAUCGACAAGGAGUUCAACUUCAUCGGCAGCGAGGGCAACUGCAGCAGCUGCCAGUGCUGUAUCCCCGACUCCAACACGUGCGGCAGCUCCGGACAGAACGCCAUCAAGCAGAGUGGCUCCGACUGGUGCGGUAGCUACCCUUCGAUAACCUGCUCCUACGACAAGGCCGGUAUCGAGAGCCUCGAGGUCGCCUCCCACAAGUCGAUUGUCGGUGUGGGCAGCAAAGGUGUCAUCCGUGGCAAGGGUCUGCGUCUGGUCAACGGCGUUAGCAACAUCAUCAUUCAGAACAUCCACAUUACCGAGCUCAACCCUCAGUACAUCUGGGGCGGUGAUGCCAUCACUCUGGAUGGCACUAGCAACGUCUGGAUCGACCAUGUCACCGUUAACCUGGUUGGCCGUCAGAUGUUCGUUUCUGGAUAUGACAAGAACACCGGUGUUACCAUCUCCAACUCCGAGUUCGAUGGCCGUACCAGCUGGUCUGCUACCUGCGAUGGGCACCACUACUGGACUGUCCUUGGCUACGGAAAGGGCGACACGGUGACCUUCGCUGGGAACUACAUCCAUCACACCUCCGGCCGCUCCCCCAAGCUCGAGUUCAACAGCCACUGGCACGCCUACAACAACUACUGGUUCAACAACACCGGUCACGCCUUUGACGUCGGUGAGAACACCAACGCCUUCAUCGAGGGUAACGUCUUCAACAAUGUCAAGACCCCGUUCCUCGAGGACAGCAACCCCGGCAACACCUUUGCCGUCUCUUCCAGCGACAAGUCCACCUGCGACUCUGCCACCGGCCGCACUUGCAUUGCCAACACUCUCACCAGCUCCGGCACUCUCUCUGGAAGCGACAAGUCCGUUCUCUCCGGCUGGCCCUCGGGUGAAGGUAACCUCAACUACAUCGCCGCCAGCAAGGUCGCUUCCUCCGUCCAGGCCAACGCCGGUGUCGGCAAGGUCGGUGGGGGUGCCAGCGGCUCGGGUGGCUCUAGCUCCAUUGCUGCUGUCUCCAGCGCUGCCGCAACCUCUGGCGCUGUCGCAUCGUCUUCUGCCGCUAAGCGUGAUGUUCCUCUGACCCAGGCUGGUCCCGCUCCCACUGCCAUUCCUUCCCAGCGCACCUGGUCUUGGAAGACCGUUUCCGCUUAA